CAAGACUGCGCGGGAGCUUCGCGGCGCUGUGAAUAAAAGGCGCGCUGGCUGGCUGGCCCGCUCACACGCACGGGCGCGCGAUACAAAAAGCGGGGGACCCCCACGAGCGGCGUUGCCUUCCGACCAAAGUGAGCGGGGAAGAGAGGCAGGCGAGACUCUCCCGCCUCAGCGCUUGCCCCGUCGACGGCAGCAAGACACCCCCCUCCCCCAUUUUCCCCACCGUCGAAGCCCCGCCUGCCUCACCACGCCGGGACGCUGCCAAGCAGCACGAGGUCCGAGAAGUAACUCCGGCGGCGCCUGGCGUUCGCCGACUGCAGAGUUGAAGGUUUUGACGGCCCGAGCGGCGACCAAAGGGGCGAGCCGCAGUGCUGCCGCCGGACCACCACCAAAGGCGCCGAAGUUUUCGGGUCCGCCGAGUCUCCUUUUCUUCGAAGGCGGGAAAAAUAAAGAUGGUGCCGUGACUGCUCCCCGGCCGGCCUUUGCUCCGCUAUCGGCCCCUUCUCUUGCCGCAACCAACUCCCUUCGAGCGGCCGAGUCCACAGAAGCUUCCGAAGCUCGCGAGUGAGGGAAGGAGAGCCAUGUCGGAGAGCGGGCGCCCGCUGUGGACUCUGCCUGCCUUCCUGGCUCUGGUCUGGACGGCGGCUAGCAUCAGGCACGCCGGAGGAGCCGGUUCGGAGCAGCAGAUCCCCUUGUCUGUGGUAAAACUCUGGGCCUCUGCUUUCGGUGGGGAGAUCAGAUCCAUUGCAGCGAAAUAUUCAGGUUCCCAACUUCUGCAGAAGAAAUACAAGGAAUAUGAAAAGGAGGUUACCAUUGAAGAAAUUGAUGGCCUUCAACUUGUGAAGAAACUAGCCAAGAAUAUGGAAGAGAUGUUUCAUAAAAAGGCUGAAGCUGUCCGGCACCUUGUUGAAGCUGCAGAAGAAGCUCACCUGAAACAUACAUUUGAUGCUGAUUUACAGUAUGAAUAUUUCAAUGCUGUUCUCAUUAAUGAACGAGAUGAAGAUGGAAACUUCUUAGAACUGGGAAAGGAAUUCAUCCUUGAACCAAAUGACCAUUUCAAUAAUUUGCCUGUGAAUGUCACUUUGAGUGAUGUCCAAGUGCCAACAAAUAUGUACAAUAAAGAUCCUGCAAUUGUGAAUGGAGUUUACUGGUCUGAAUCAUUAAACAAAGUGUUUGUUGACAACUUUGGCCAUGACCCUUCCCUUAUAUGGCAAUACUUUGGAAGUGCAAAGGGAUUUUUCAGGCAGUAUCCAGGAAUUAAAUAGCCGGAUGAAAAUGGAGUCAUUGUUGACUGCAGAAAUCGAAAAUGGUAUAUUCAGGCAGCCACGUCUCCUAAAGAUGUUGUCAUUUUAGUUGAUGUUAGUGGCAGCAUGAAAGGACUUCGCUUAACUAUUGCAAAACAAACAGUAUCUUCCAUUUGGGAUACUGGAGAUGAUGACUUUUUUAAUAUAAUUGCUUAUAAUGAAGAACUCCACUACGUAGAACCAUGCUUGAAUGGAACUUUAGUACAAGCAGACAGAGCUAAUAAAGAGCACUUCAGGGAACACCUUGACACUUUUGCCAAAGGGAUCGGAAUGCUGGACAUUGCCUUAGUUGAAGCUUUCAAUAUGCUCAGUGAUUUCAAUCCACACAGGACAGGAAGUAUCUGCAGUCAAGCCAUAAUGCUGAUUACUGAUGGUGCUGUGGACACAUAUGAUGCAAUAUUUGAAAAAUAUAAUUGGCCGGAUAGGAAGGUUCGCAUUUUCACCUACCUGAUAGGAAGAGAAGCUGCCUUUGCAGAUAAUCUCAAAUGGAUGGCUUGUGCCAACAAAGGGUUUUUCACUCAGAUAUCUACUCUAGCUGAUGUGCAAGAAAAUGUUAUGGAAUAUCUCCAUGUGCUCAGUCGACCUAAAGUGAUUGAUCAAGAACAUGAUGUAGUGUGGACUGAAGCCUAUGUCGACAGUACUCUUGCUGACGAUCAGGGAUUGGUUUUGAUGACCACUGUUGCCAUGCCAGUAUUUAGUAAGCAAAAUGAGACUAGAUCAAGAGGCAUUCUCCUGGGAGUUGUGGGCACAGAUGUUCCAGUGAAAGAACUUCUGAAAGCAAUUCCAAAAUACAAGCUAGGCAUUCACGGAUAUGCAUUUGCAAUUACGAAUAAUGGAUAUAUUCUGACACAUCCUGAACUCAGGCCUCUGUAUGAAGAAGGAAAAAAGCGAAGAAAGCCCAAUUACAGCAGCGUUGACCUCUCUGAAGUUGAAUGGGAAGACAGAGACGAUGUGCUUCGAAAUGCAAUGGUGAAUCGGAAAACAGGAAAAUUCUCCAUGGAAGUGAAGAAAACAGUGGACAAAGGGAAGCGAGUGUUGGUGAUGACAAAUGACUACUAUUAUACAGAUAUCAAGGGGACUCCUUUCAGUUUAGGUGUGGCUCUGUCUAAAGGACACGGCAAAUAUUUUUUCAGAGGGAACGUGACAAUAGAAGAAGGAUUACAUGAUUUAGAACAGCCUGAUGUCUCUUUGGCAGAUGAAUGGUCAUAUUGCAACACAGACUUGCAUCCGGAACACCGCCAAAUGACUCAACUGAAGGCAAUUAAAAACUAUCUCACAGGGAAAGAGCCAUUGCUUCCUUGUGACAAAGAAUUGAUACAGGAAGUCUUAUUUGAUGCAGUUGUGAGUGCCCCAAUUGAAGCUUAUUGGACCAGCCUAGCACUAAAUAAAUCAGAAAAUUCAGACAAGGGAGUAGAGGUUGCUUUCCUUGGAACUCGGACAGGCCUUUCUCGGAUCAAUCUUUUUGUUGGGCCGGAACAACUAACUAAUCAAGACUUUUUGACAGCUGAAGACAAGGAAAAUAUUUUUAAUGCGGAUCAUUUCCCACUUUGGUAUAGAAGAGCUGCUGAGCAGAUUCCAGGAAGUUUUGUCUACUCCAUUCCAUUCAGUACAGAAAAAGCAAACAAGAGCAAUGUCGUAACAGCAAGUACAGCCAUACAGCUGCUGGAUGACCGAAAGUCACCUAUGGUAGCAGCUGUAGGUAUCCAGAUGAAACUGGAGUUUUUCCAAAGGAAAUUCUGGACUGCUAGUAGACAGUGCACGUCUCUUGAUGGCCGCUGUUCUAUAAGCUGUGAUGAUGAGAAUAUUAACUGUUACCUCAUCGAUAAUAAUGGAUUUAUAUUAGUUUCAGAAGACUACACGCAGACUGGAAACUUCUUUGGUGAGAUUGAAGGUGCAGUGAUGAACAAAUUGCUAAUAAUGGACUCAUUUAAAAGAAUUACACUGUAUGACUACCAAGCCAUGUGUAGAACAACGAAAGAGAGUAGCGAUAGUGCCCACACCUUAUUGGAUCCUUACAAAGCUUUCUUUGCUGCAGUCAAAUGGAUUGUGACUGAACUUGUCUUGUUUCUGGUGGAAUUUAAUCUAUGCAAUUGGUGGCAUUCAGAUCUUAUAGCAAAGGCUCAGCGACUGAAGCAAACUCUAGAGCCUUGUGACACUGAAUAUCCAGCUUUUGUUUCUGAACGCACAAUCAAGGAGACCACAGGAAAUAUUUAUUGCGACAACUGCUUCAAGUCCUUUGUUAUCCAACAAAUUCAAAAUAGCAAUCUCUUCAUGGUAGUAGUAAGUAAUGAAUGUGACUGUGAAUCAGUUUCACCAAUUACCAUGGAACCAAUAGAAAUAAGGUAUAAUGAAUCCCUAAAAUGUGAACGCUUAAAAUCUCACAAGAUUAGGAGACGUCCAGAAUCUUGUCAUGGAUUUCAUCCUGAGGAGAAUGCUAGAGAAUGUGGUGGUGUUUCGGGCCUGAGGGCUAAGCCUACUCUUCUUGUGCUAUCUCUGCUGUGGGUCAUUUUGUCAAGGUGACACUGGCUGAUCCAUGAUGCCCUGUUAAAUCUAUGGAUAAACUGUGAACUGAGAAAUGGUGCAACAAGAAGACAUGAAAUAAGUCAAAACAUCAGCAUUUCAUGAUUUUAAACAAAUGGGAUGGUAUAAACUCUAAAUUAUGUAAAUAAAAGACAUUUAUCCUUGUUUUUUUUUUUUGCACAUCAUGCAAAUAUGGAUUUGCCAUACAAUAAUCACCAUUCAUCAAGAACAGAGCCUCUUCAGUAGAUAGAUACAAAUGGUCAUUACUUUCCGCUUUACCCCAUGGAAAAUAAUUUAAAACUCUGUACUUUUUAAAUAAAGUAUAUUAAAAUUGAAAUGUUUUAGUGGAUGAUUUAUCUGA